CAUGCCAUCACUCAGACAGACAAGGCUCGAGACUUGGGCAGAGCAAGCCACCCCGGUCUCGUCCCCUGCCUCGCCCUUUUCAUGUUACGAGGCAUGCCUAAUUUACCACGCAGACGGCAAUAGUGGCCAGGCUAGGCAAUCCUUGCGCUCUGAGCUAAGCUGCGAGCCAAAGAAGCGAAGCGAUAACCACCGGUUCUUCCGAGAGCGCAGGCAAAAAAGUCACCGUUGGCGUGAGUCUCACACUACUUCAUACAUGGAAUCCGACUUUAGUUAUCCUUUUCUCUCUCUGCUUCGUAUCAGAACAGGCUUCCUGGCCAAGAGAUCCGAGGGCAAAACGGUGGGAUGGGGGUCUGCUGUUUGACCGUCUGGCGAUCUCGAAAUCCUGGCCCGUAUCAAUUACGAGCGCCAUGCCAAUAUUCCAGCUUAAUCAAGGACGCUAACUGGAGGGCUUGGACCCCCGACCCAUGAUUAGGGGGUGUAUUGGUAUCUCCCAUACGCAGCUGCGAGGAAAUCGCCCUGCUGAUAGCGUGGGGACCCAUACAUACUCUCCCUUUUAUGGUUUGGGAUGCGCCUCUGAACCAAGUUGCUUCAUCGUGGCCGCUUGACCUGCAACUAAACUGCAUGGAGGAUUCUUCUCCAGUCCAGAUGGAGACGGGUUAUCCCCUUUUCUGCUCUGAUCUCCAGCAGAAGUAGAUGCUAUUGGGCGCCAGCAAGAGCUCGACUGAGUUAGUGAGCGACGCACCCUGCAUAUACUCUGGACUGAUAUGGAGACACUGGAAAGUUCUAUUUUCUUUCUCCACUGCCUGCUCAACUCUCUGCAUGGCCAGAUCGUUACUCCAGAGACAGGCCUUCACCCGCCCAAGGCUGUCUCUCUCCAGGCUCCUGGGAAAACUCAACAGGAUGCCAGCUGCCGAUCGAGCGUAUUAUUAUUGUAUCCACUCCGUACGGAGUACGGAUAGUUAAGUAUCUGUGUAAGUAUGUGGGCGGUGGCCGGCUGGGGAAUGCAUGGUGGCCGAAUGCUACUCUGUGUCUAUCUUUCAACAGACAUGGAAGAGACACAG